CACACUCGCGCUCUGGGACCGCAUCCCGCCCCUCUCCGAGAGUCCUCAUGGGGCCCGAGGCCGCCUGCCCAGGGAGGGGCCUCCUGUCUGGCCUCCAGGUGAGGACCUGGAUCGAACCCGUGGUGGCCUCCACGCAGGUGGCCGCCUCCCUCUACGAGGCGGGGCUGCUCCUCGUGGUGAAGGCGUCCUUUGGAGCCGGGGCCUCCUCCAACCACAGCACCAGCCCGUCGCCCCGGGACGCCCUGGAGGACCAGCAGCAGAGGGCCAUCUCCAAUUUCUACAUCGUCUACAACCUCGUGGUGGGCUUGACGCCGCUGCUGUCUGCCUACGGGCUGGGCUGGCUCAGCGACCGCUACCACCGCAAGAUCUCCAUCUGCGUGUCCCUGCUGGGCUUCCUGCUCUCCCGCCUCGGGCUGUUGCUCAAGGUGCUGCUGGACUGGCCGGUGGAGGUGCUGUACGGGGCAGCGGCGAUAAAUGGGCUAUGCGGCGGCUUCUCCGCCUUCUGGUCCGGUGUCAUGGCCCUGGGCUCCCUGGGCUCCCCCGAGGGUCGCCGCUCUGUGCGCCUCAUCCUCAUCGACCUGAUCCUGGGUGUGGCAGGAUUCUGCGGGAGCAUGGCCUCUGGGCAUCUCUUCAAACAGAUGCCUGGGCACUCCGGGCAGGGCCUGGUGCUGACCGCCUGCAGCGUGAGCUGGGCUGCUUUUGCGCUUUUCUACAGCCUCUUGGUCCUGAAGGUCCCUGAGUCGGUGGCCAGAUCCAGCAGGGCGGUCCCUGUGGUGGACACGGUAUCUGGCACGGUUGGCACCUACCGUGCCCUGGAUCCCGAUCAGUUAGACAAGCAGAGUGUGGUGGGGCACCCUCCAGCCCCUGGGAAGGCACAGCCCCCAAGGACUAUCAUUGCCCUGCUCUUUGUGGGUGCCGUCGUAUAUGACCUGGCUGUGGUGGGCACCGUGGACGUGAUGCCCCUUUUCAUGCUAAGGGAGCCUCUCAGUUGGAACCAAGUGCAGGUGGGCUAUGGCAUGGCUGCAGGGUACACCGUCUUCAUCACCAGCUUCCUGGGCGUCCUGGUCUUCUCCCGCUGCUUCCAGGACACCACCAUGAUCAUGAUCGGUAUGGUGUCUUUUGGGUCAGGAGCCCUCCUCUUGGCGUUUGUGAAAGAGACAUACAUGUUCUACAUUGCUCGAGCCGUCAUGCUGUUUGCGCUCAUCCCCAUCACAACCAUCCGAUCGGCAAUGUCCAAACUCAUGAAGGGCUCCUCUUAUGGAAAGGUGUUCGUCAUCCUGCAGCUGUCCCUGACUCUGACCGGGGUGGUGACCUCCACGGUGUACAACAAGAUCUAUCAACUCACCAUGGAAAAGUUUGUUGGCACCUGUUUUGCUCUCUCCUCCUUUCUCUCCUUCCUGGCCAUCAUCCCAAUUGGCAUCGUGGCCUAUAAACAAGCCUCGUGGUUGCAAUACGGUGACAUCACGGUGACAUGAUGGUGCUGACCUACGGGAGCUGUGAGGACCAGCAACAGCGGGACCCCUUUGAAGGCAAAGGAUGGAACUGAGUGCUGGUGACCAAGGCAACCCACCACCCCCAAACCCCGAGUUCAAGCCAGAGUUGGCCUCGGAAUGACCCGCUCUGGCUCUGAGGUCCCUGGUGGGUGGGGGAACAGCACUUUCUUGGUGAUAGAAAAACUUUCUCAGUUUUCAGAUGUCCCUGCUAAACAGAGAUUGGGUUCAGGACGCAGGAGAGUGUGAACAUUCAAAGGUUAUAUGUAGGCUGCAUACACAGUCACACCAGAUGCACCCAGGGCUUCAUAUGGCAGCCCCCUUUCUUCCAGGAGCUGUCACCGGGGCUCCAAGGUAUGGCUAACCAGUCACCCACGCGCUGCGCUGGGAGGCCCACAUGAGAACUCCAACCAAAGCACACAUUUUCAAUAACCUAAGGGGAACACAGAGGGGAUGUUUUAUAAGAACUCCCAAUGUUUUAGGAGAUUUGGGGCUCCGGCUCUUGGAUUCAGGGUGGUUUUAUUGUUGUUGGUACUGUUGCUUUUAAGAAGCGAAUAUCAAAAGACUUUCUUUAGUGGAAUAUUAUAUUGAAUAUUUCCAGUCAACAGUACUCCCCCCAGUGGGUGGUGUGAAGGGAGAGGGGAGAGGAGAUGUGCUAAGAGUCAUUUUAUGUCAAGGUACCUAUUUUUAUAGGGUAUUUUACUUACAUAGAGAAAAGCAGACUCACUUCCUAAUAAAAUGGACAUUUAUUGUA